AUAGGCGCACACAGCGGCAGGCUUGCUAGCAUCCAGACAUUCAGAUAUCGUGGCCAGCGGACGCGGGUGCGCCAUCAUGUCACCGCCGCUGCUACUCGUCCUGGCCUUCGCGUCGGCCGUUCUCGUGAGUUCGGCGCUGGCGAAUCAGUACGUUUGGGGAGCAGACCCGCUCGCCGGCGACGCGUCGCAGUUAGACGAAGUGGUACCCGAGCCGGGCGCGGAGGAUCCGGCGAACAAGACGGUGAUCUGGCCCAGCGACAGCCGCUGGUGCCAGUGCGUCGGCAACGAGUGCGGCUGCUGCUUCAACAUGUCAGCGCCACGCUUCGGCAUCAAGAACAAAGCCUGCAGCAACCUGACGUACUACCCCGACCAGUACGCUUUGGGCUUCAGCAUCUCCAUCGAUGACAUCGUUGUCCUCAACCGAACCGUGUCAGGCCGCGAUCCGCCGCCCAUCUGCUGGCCCGAGCAGAUCGCGCAGCUGUGCGUCCGCUUCUACAACAUGACCUACCACCGAGCUGAGGUGGACGGCUGCGUGAGGCUCGAGGGCGUCGUCGCACACGAGGUCAUCGUCAGCUACAACGUGGGCUGCUAUGUGCUCGACAACGAUGCCGUGACGACGCGCAUCGCGGGGCUUCGCAGGUUGCUCAUCGACGCGAUCCGCCGCCGUAGGCGCCCGGACCUCUGGCCAGAGGGCGCCGACGAAAUCGACGACAGUAGGGAGAGAUGAUGUGCUCUUCCCUGGUCUCCCACCCCUUCUCUAGCAUAAGCACUUGUCCACGCGAGGUAAAUGUGAUGCAUUUUGCAUCGGCCGGUCCGCAAAUUUGAACGACUGCGUGCCUAAAGUGUCAUCAGCAUUUCAAUGCGGGAAUAACGCGGAAGGCAGAAAAAAAGAAAAAAAGACGACUACACAUUAUGUCAGUGCGUCGAGACAGAACUAACGAAUGCCCGUCGUAACUCAUAUGGAUGUACAAAGGCAAUUUAAAAACAUUUUCCCCGUUCUAACUGAACCGCCUCGCGCUCAAACAUACCGCAUAAUAUUCUCUAAUUGUGGUAGGCUUUGCCCGACACUACGCUUGACGAUGAGGUUGGUGUGCUCCUACCGAAACAAAUAUACGGGUGCGUCGUAGCCUGAGGCCCAGAGUAUCGCGCGGUCAGCGUACAAUCAGCAAAUGAAUAAAAAUUUAUCACGGAG